AUGUUUGGUUGUGCUUUCAUGACUGCUGAAACUACAGAUACCUUUGAAUGGGUUCUUGAAACUUUCAAAAAGUCUAUGAGAGGACUAGAAUCAAGUACAAUCUUCACAGACCAAGAUCAAGCAAUGAACAAAGCAAUUGAAACGGUUCGGCAAAAUUCAAGACACAAAUUGUGUUUGUGGCAUCUUCAAAAGAAUUUUGUUUCGCGAUUUGGACAGUUAAAGAGCAAUGAAGAUUUCAAAAAUAUGUUUAACAAGUGCUUUUAUGGUUGUGACAGUGAGGAAGAGUUUACAGCGUGUUGGAAAAAUAUGAUUCAGAAAUAUGGUUUAGGAGAAAAAAGUUGGUUUGACAGAUUAUGUGAACUACGAUUCAAAUGGUGUCCAAUUUUUAGCAAGGACAUAUUUUUUACUGGAACUUUAUCUUCUCAAAGAUCAGAGGUGACAAACAGAGCCAUAUCAUUCAAGGCAAACAAGAAGACAUUAUUAUUGGAAUGCUUCCAUAUAUUUAAAGCUACAGUGAAAAGAUGGAGAAGCAAUGAAAAAGCUGACAACUACAGAUGCAGAACAGAGAAGCCAAAGACAAAAUGUAAAUUGUUAAAACAAGCAACUAAAGUCUACACUUUAAAUCUUUUCAAAGAUUUUGAAGAAGAAUACGACACAAGUAUGAGAUCUUAUAUUCGUGAUGUUUCAAAUGAAAUGAUGACUACGGGCUGA